GGCUGGGCUGUGUUCUCCGGCCUGUCCCCCAGCCCCUCAGCUCUGACCGCGCUCGCUCUUUGCCAGAUCCAGGCCGGCACCGGACACAAGAGCAGGGCCGCGCCCGGGGCCGCUUCCGCAGAGCUCAUCAGAGGGUGCGGAAAUCCGCUCCCGUUCGGCGUAGAAAGGCCGGGACCUCAACAACCAAUGUCGUGGCACAGCCUGAGCCCAACCCCACCGAGCUCAAGGCCAAGGCUGACGCCCCAGGGACUGAGGGCAUCGCAGACGCGGACAGCACACCCGUUCAGCGCCUGCCCGAUGCUCCCAGUCUGCAUGUUCCUCAGGAGAGAGUUGUCUCUGCUCAAGUGCCACCUCUGGUGAGGUCCAUCCACUCGUGGCUGACCUCCAAUGUGUCUGCUGGGCACGUGCUGGAUAAGACCCUUCUGGCACUGACCGAGGCACACCCCGUGGAUGUCACCAUCACCCUCCUGCGCUGUGCUCCCUCAUGUGACAGAGCUGCUGCAACCAUGUGGAGGACCAUCGCCUCAUCGGGAACCACGCUGCGGAAGGUGCUGCCAACACUGCUCUGCGUGAUGGAGGACUGGCCGUGGUACUACACACGCACCUCCGAUGGGGACAACACAGACGUCUUUGCCCUGGCUGCAACUCUGGCCCUGUGGAUGAUUGUCCAGGAGCCCCAGUGCCCAGGGCCUUUGAUGGACUAUUCCCCUCAUCUCCUCGUCGAUCUGCUCUUCCAAGUCUUCGACAGCACAGAGCAGACGUCAGAGGAGGUCAACACGUUCUGGAGGGGAUGCCAGGAGCAGCACGACCUUCCCACCGACCCCAACAGGUUUGCAGUGCUGACCAUGAAGGCCCUGCUCUGCUGUCUCCACUGGGAGGAUGGGGUGAAUUCAGUGGAAGACAAUGGUGGCUGGGCCAGGCUCCUCAACGCUCACAGCCGCCGCUACGCAGUGGCCCUGCUGGCCAGGGAGAAGCGCCAUGUCUCCAGGCCCUUGUGUUCCCGCAUCACACUCCACCUGCUGGAGCUGCUGAGCAGGGAGGAGCUGUGCUGGGACCUGCCUGCCAUGGCAUUCCUUGUGGAGGUCCUGGACUGCCUGGACACCAAAGAAUGCGGUGACAGGGUCCUGGAGACGCUCUCAAGGAACUUGGGGAGCACCAACAAAAAGCGGCGUCAACUGGCGCUCAGAGUCGUCGUGGCACUCAGCCAGGAUCCCGUGAUGGCCGAGAGCAUCUGGAGCCUGAGUGAAAGGCUCGUGCAGCUCCUGGGGGAUGCAGACAGAGAUGUGGUUUGGAUGACCCUCUCUGUGCUCGACCAUGUGCUCUGGACCAGUCUCUGGACACGGUGCCACGAGAGAGUCCGCAGCAAAGACCCCCUAAUAUCCACCCCCACCGGCCUGCAGUUGGCUGAGGCGCUCCGGCCACUCUUUGACCACGACGACAGCAGUGUGCGGCAGGGCUCCAUGGUCCUCUUCUCUCGUGUGAUCAAAGUGAUCGAGAGAGAGGGAAAGAGGCCCCUGAAGCCACUCGUGUGCCUGAGCCUGCUGCCGCUCUACUUCCACCGGCACGACGAGAAGGUGCUCGUGAAAAGGGCCUCUCAGGGAGCACUGCUGGCUGUGACCAGGUUCCUGAAGAGGAGGGAUCUUGGGCACCUGGUGAACACAGAGGAGCCAUGGAGCUUUGGCGAGUGCCUGCUGAAAAAGGACCGAAGACGAGUGGCCAAGUACAUGCACCAGGCCCUGCCGUACCUGCGGAGCCCACAGCAGCCCCUGCGAGAGGCAGCCGUCAAGUUCAUGGGGAUCGCCGGGGGGUACCUGAGGGGACAGCCCAAUGAGCUGCAGCUCAUCAUCGAUG